AUGGUAUUGGCCCCGUUGGCCAAGCAGGUCCUACCAUACGCCUCGCUGGAAGAUCUGGACAACAAAGUCCUUGAAGGCGAGUCAGUCAUUGUCAGUCUCGUUGAUCUGGAAGCUCCAGUUUUCAAAGACCUUACAUCCGAGAGAUGGUACAAGUUCAAAAAGCUCUUUGAAACAAAGCGAGAGAUACUGUGGCUCACCAGCGGCCGUCUGGAGGAUGAGCCAUACUGCAACAUGACAGUUGGUUUUGGUCGAUCUGCGAUGCACGAGGAAGAGACUCUUCGCGUCCAAUACGUGGAUGUGGCAAAUGUCGAUGGGCUCGAUGCUCAGAAGAUUGCAAAAUACCUUGUUCGCUUCACUUCGACCGUUUUGGAUGACAAAGACAUUCUGUACACCAAAGAACCCGAGAUCAUCAUUGACGCGCAGGGGCAAGAGCGAGUGCCAAGGCUGUUCACCAUCACGGACGCCAACAGCCGUCUCAACUCCACCACGCGGCCGAUCUUCGACCAGGUUGACAUCAGCAAGGACGUCGUCAGUCUAGAAUACGGCAAAGACGGGCCAAACUUCCGACGGUUGUCGCGAUACGAAUUGGUAGAGACAGCGACCACAAGGGACGAGCUUAUGGAGUUGCGUCUUACGUACUCCACUGCAUCGGCGAUUAGGUGUCCGACUGGUCAUCAUUAUCUUGCUCUUGGGUACGACACCUACGGGGCUCAACGGCUUGCUUUAACUAGCUCCCUGGCCUCUGUACUGCGCAUCCCACGCGAAUCGACCAUUCUGUGCGAACCAUCUGGUAUCCAGGAAGCUGAUUACCUUGACCUGGUCGGAGCCGAGCUUAUCGCCGUGGCCAUUGUGGACUCCCUGUUCACGGGUCAAAAACUAGCCGUACAUAAUGCCCCUGAAUCUAUCGUUCGGGCUAUUCUCGCCCAUGUUGUAACCAAGGGCGUGAAGGUCACCCUCACAGUGGACUCACAGGGCAUACCUGUGUCGCCAGCCGUCGCUUCGCAGAUUCGGAUACCAAUGUUCCCCGCACGCGCGGACAUCGAGGGCGUCCUACCUUCUGACCUCGUGUGCUUUGUCGACUUCUCGGCUUCGAACCAAGCUGAGAACGUGGCGAUGAUGACUUCGUAUCUUCCUUCUUAUUGCCGGAAAGAGAGCCUGAGCACCAUUUUCUCAACACAUGGAGUAGACACUGGUGCUCCCAAGGAUGUGGUGGGACAGCUUCUGGCUAGGACUGUCAGCAUGGCUAAGGGACGCGGCGUUUCUACAUCAUCUACACCACUGAGUCUUGAGGCCCUUGCUCAGGGAGGACGAUAUGCAGACUCUCUAACGAUCAUUGAAUGGGCGGGAUCAUGCACUGCGGUCCCUGCACGUGUCACUCGGUUUGAGUCAAACCAGCUCUUCAAGUCUGACAAGACGUACUGGCUAGUCGGUUUAUCUGGCGCGCUAGGCAUCUCCCUGUGCAACUGGAUGAUUGAGAGAGGCGUGCGCUAUCUUGUGCUAACCAGCCGGAAUCCCAAGAUUGACCCGCGCUGGAUCGAAAACCAUGAACGAAAUGGUGUUGUCAUCAAGAUACUGCUAUGUGACGUGACUGACGAAAAGGCCAUCAACGACGUUCAUGCCGAGAUUGUGACGACGCUUCCUCCCAUCGUCGGACUUUUGAACGGCGCUAUGGUUCUACGAGACGUGUCGGUGCGCAACAUGGAAUUUGACCAAGUCACCGAUGUCAUCAGACCAAAGGUGCUUGGCAGCAUUCAUAUCGAUCGCAUCUUUCACGAUAUUGACCUCGACUUCUUCGUGCUUCUAUCUUCGAUCAACUGCGUGAUCGGAAACGUCGGUCAAGCCAACUACGCUGCGGCCAACAUGGGAAUGAUUGGAGUUGCAGGCAACCGGCGCAAGCGUGGUCUUCGCUCGUCUGUCGUCAAUGUCGGCGCCAUCAUCGGUGUUGGUUACAUCACACAGUCCGAUCGCCAACUUGAUGUGACAGUGGCGAAGACAGCCAUGAUGCAUUUGUCAGAGCAAGAUUUCCACCAGAUCUUUGCCGAGUGCAUGGAGGCAGGUCACCUGGACAACCCCAGUGGCCCGGAGAUCUCGACCGGUCUACUCCAAAUCACUCCGAAUACCAUUGACAUUCCGCCAUGGUACUCCGACCCCAAGUUUGCCCGUUUCCGCAUCAACAAGUCUGGUGAUAGUGGCGAAAAACCGGGGUCGACAAACUCGGCAUCCAACCAGGAGCUGCUGCAGGCGUGUCGCUCCCCGUCCGAUGUUGCAAAUGUGAUCAAGCAGACCUAUUGCGCCCAGCUACGCAAGAUGCUGCAGGUCUCCACCGUUGACGACGACCUGAUGAUGAUGCGAGGUGUGGAUCUUGGUUUCGACUCGCUGCUUUCAGUCGACGUACGCUCGUGGUUCCUCAAGAACUUCCGCGUCAGUAUUCCGGUCCUCAAGAUCAUGGCCAACGAUGUGCGCAUGUCUAGCUUGGUCGAGCUAGCCGCUGGAAGCAUCCCCGCGGAACUCGUGCCACAGGCUCAGCAAUUGAACGUCGUACCGACUGGCGCUUCGACACCGAAUACUGAGAACAGUGAGCCGUCGGCUCGAACCAGUGACGCUGAUACGACGAGCACCCGCACUACUCUACCUAACACUUCGGGCGCAGUGACUCCUGACAAAGAGGUCAAGGCCAAGUCUGCCAGCCCUCCGACGGUAGACUGGUACUUUGAGACCACCCCGCCUGAGCCCUUUACUAUCGACAGGCUCAUGGAUGCGCCCAAACCAAAGGGGAAUCCAGAAGUUGUCGUCCUCACUGGCUGCAGCGGCCUGCUUGGCCACCACCUUCUCAACGCGCUCGUGGCGCAACCGUCGAUCCGGAAGAUCAUCUGCCUUGCAGUCCGACGCCUGAACGAGCGCAUCGGAAGUGGAGAGAUUCCCGCACCAAGCGAGCGCAUCGUGUACUACGAAGGUGACCUCACAUCUACCUAUUUCGGCCUAGACAUUGCGACCUGGGCGUCUGUCUUCCGUGAGACUGACGCAGUCAUCCACAACGGCUCCGACACGUCCCAUCUGAAGUACUACUCUGCACUGAAGCGCGCAAAUGUCGACUCGACAAAACAGCUCAUCGCCACCUGUCUACAGCGCAUGAUUCCCCUUCACUACGUUUCAUCGGCUGGUGUAGCACUUUUCGCCGAGCUGGAAGCCUUCCCACCGAUUUCAUGCACCAAGACGGGUAAGACACCACCAGCCGACGGCACGCACGGCUACAUGUGUGGAAAAUGGACGUGCGAGAAAAUGCUCGAGCGAGUCUACGAAGAAUACGGUUUGCGCAUUGUCAUUCAACGUCCGUCGACCAUUAUCCGCGACGGCGAAGACGCAACUGUUGAGCGUGCGGGCUUCGAUUGGGUCAACUCGCUCCUGCACUUUGCACACAAGACGCAGACGGUGCCGAGAGUUGAUUACAACGCCGGCGCUUUCGAUCUCGUGUCUGUCGAAACGUGCUGCGAGGAUGUUGUUCGAGAGUUACCAGACCAAGGGCGCCAUGGCAUCACGUACGUGAACAACGUGGGUGAUGUAGUGAUUCCCAUGGCGCAGAUGGCGGAUGUGGGGUUGAGCAAGGUUGGGAAAAGGUAUGAAGUUUUGCCUAUGGAACAGUGGACGGCGAUGGCGGUGGAGGCGGGUAUGCAUCCUGCUGUUGCGGCGUUGAUUGAGACUUUUGAUGAGCCCGGGGUAGAGAGAUACCCGGCGCUGUUGAAGUCGGGUGCGUAG